AUGUCUUUCCCACCGCAUAUGCCGAUCAUACCCCCAAUACCAUUCCUCCCUCCCGGCGCACCUAUGAUGAUGCCACCUAAUAUGGCAAUACCACCACCUGGUAUACCAACGAAUGGUGCUCAUAAAACAGCAGACGGCGAAAAGAAGAGUCGCCUUCAAGCGGCAACGACUGUGUUUGUUGGAAGUAUAUCAGACCGAGCACCUGAUGCAAUGAUCAAACGAAUGCUUCACAACUGUGGUAGCGUGGUCAAUUGGAAACGUGUACAAGGUGCUAAUGGUAAACUUCAAGCAUUUGGUUUUUGUGAAUAUGAAAAUCCUGAAGGUACACUCCGUUGUAUUCGUUUGCUUAACGGUUGGCUAAUUCAAGAUAAAAAAUUAGUCAGCUCCCGGAUGUUUUCAGUCGAUGAUCAGUUUGUUAAAGUCGAUUCGAAGACGAAGGCAUUACUCGACGAAUACAAAAAGAAGAAACGUCAUGAACUAGCUAAACGAGCUGCGAAUGAUACAACGGCAUUCAAAUUUAUCUAUGAAGAAGAUGACGAUGACGAAGAUGGAAAGAAAUCGAACAGUACCGAUCCAGAUGGAAAAAAAAAAUCCGGUGAAGAAGGUGAAAUCGAAGAAGAAGAAGAUGACUACAUCGACGAUGCCACACGUCGCGAAGAUCAUACAAUUAAGUUAUCACUCGAAACGAUUAUGCGGGAGUAUUCGCGCGAGAUGAAUCAACGUGCAUUAGAAGCAAAAGAAUUGGCUGCGCGUGAAGCAGCCGCUGCUGCUGCAGCUGGGCCUCCGAUGUCACAAGCACCCGCGUUGAUCGCCCCAAUAGGAGAUUCAUCGGCAGCAAACGCUGGUUCUCCCAGCACGCGGCGCUCUGACAGUGGAGUUGGCGGCGACGACGAAGAAGGGAAACGAAGUUUGAUCAAUAAUGAAAUCCUCAUGUUUCGUGAUCGCUUCAAAGAUGAAGAUACCAAAAUGCGUAACACAGAAAAAGAACGCAAAGAUCGUUAUGAACGUGAACGUGCAUUACUACGUGAGAAACGUGCAGCUGAAGAAGCUGCUUCGAGUGGCAAUCAUAAAUCGUCAGUUUCACCGCCGUCAUCACGUGAUCGUUCAUCACCCAAACAUGAACGUAGUGGUACAAGUCGACGUGAUCGAUCUUCACCUAGUGAUGAUCGAUAUCGUAGUUCAUCAUCACGAAGCAAUACAAGUAAUUCUGUACGUAAUCGAACAAGUGAUCGACGUAGUCCACCGUCAUCGUCGCGAUAUGAUCGUCGUUCACCACCUUCUUCAUCCCGUUACAAUCGUCAUCGUUCUCGAACAAAGUCGCCUGUAUCUAAAAGCUAUCCUGGUGAUGAAGACGACGAGGAUAUUCUAGAGAAAAAGAAAGCCGAUCGACGUUUACGAGAAAAAGAAAGUCGUUAUCGAGAACGACUGAAAACCUGGGAACAACGUGAACGAAAGAAACAAAACGAUUAUAAAAUGGAGAAACGUCGUGAACUAGCUCGAUUACAUGACGAAGAAAAAGAAGGCAAACGUCUAUUAGCAUUCUUCGAAGAUUACAACGAUGAAAAUGACGAUCCAAAAUAUUACAAUGAAUCAUCGUUGGCUCGUCGUUUGAAAGAUCGCGAACAUGAAAUCGAUCUUGACAAUCGUGAUCGCCGUCAUGAAAAAGAAGAAAUCGAAGAGCUUCGUCAGAAACUAUUACUUCAAGGUAAUAUUGACGAUGUCGAUGCGGAAAUUAAACGACGUUUGGAAAAAGAAGAAGAAUCAAUCCGGAAAAGUUUAGCCGAUUUAACGCGUGCAAGUGAUGAAUCAGGAGAUGAAUUAGAUAACGAUGAACAGCCAACCAAUCAUCGGAAGGAUAGCAGUAAUGUUGCACCUGUUGAAUCAGCAAAUACAAGCACUGGAAGUAUUGAACAAGCAUCACGACAAGCUAGUUCCCCUCAAAUGGAAGCAAAAACUAGUCCUCGCCAAACAUCAGCACUUGGUGGUGCACCAAUCACCGGCACGAAAAUACCAUCAAAACGCAAGCUUGCUGUUAAUGAUGUAGAUUUUCCGAAACGAAAUCUCCUUUCUCAUAUCAAUAAUCCGAUUCUAUUUCAGGCUUUUCGUGAUGAUCAAGAUGACGAUAGUGCGAAUACGUAUCAGAAAAAAUCAAAAUUAUCAGCGAUUCCUGAUCAGCAACCUGCACCAAUAGCACAAAACUCUCCCAAUAUGAAAGACGAUUCAUCAAAUCGCACGUCAGCUGGGAAGGCGACUGCUGUGACGCCAACAAAUAAUGCCAAUUCUGCUCAAGCACAAGAAGAAAAACGUCAAGCUGUUCGAAAACUAAUCGAAAGUAUUCCAACGAAGAAAGAAGAUUUGUUCACUUUUCCAUUGGAUUGGUCACUUCUUGAUUCGAAUCUCAUGGAAAAACGCAUUAAGCCAUGGGUUACGAAGAAAAUUGUUGAAUAUAUUGGAGAAGAGGAAGCCACUUUAACAGAUUUUAUUUGUUCAUCCAUCAUGUCGAAGAAGAGUGCUGAAGCGAUUCUAGCUGAUAUACGUGUUGUACUCGACGAUGAAGCAGAAGUGUUUGUUGUGAAAAUGUGGCGACUAAUCGUCUAUGAAAUCGAAGCUAAACGACAAGGUCUCAGCAAAUAA